AUGGCUUAUCCACUGGGUGUGGCCCAGCUGGCCCUUGGCACCGGGUCAUUGACUCUACAAGCGGUCGAUGAAUGCAUUAAAUUUUAUAAGCUAUUCACCGAAGCGUCACAUAUGCCCGAGACCCAGAGAUUUCUGCAAGUCCGGCUGCAGAUGGAACAACAGCGAUUCCUCAACUUUGCAGAAGAAGUCGGAUUUUUAUCAGCCGACACGAAUCUCAACCGGUCCUUGUCCACCCACUCCCCAGCGGUUCAGGGGGCCCUCCUGGAAUUGAAGACGCUGUUCGAAAAGUUCCAACAGAUGAAUGGGAGAUAUGUUUACCUGACAUCACACGAUGAGUGUGAUGAAAGCGCCUCGCCGUCAAGUUUGACAGACCUCCUGCACAACACGAAAAUAGGAGUGGAAAAAAUCAAACUGGCAUCAUCCAUCGACCACAGAGCUGCGAAGUUGUCAGCGCUGGACUCCAUUAUCGAGAAUGCGAAAAGGAGAGCCGCGAAACUUCGUAAAGUAGUCAUCGAGCCAAGGCGUCUAGUCUGGGCAGCAUUUGACCAGGACGAAUUUGUCGAUCUUGUGCGGAAGCUUUCUGAGAUCAACACAUACCUGAUUACGUUUCUUGAUGAGGCGCGGGCGCGGAGAAUCGAAAAGGCGACGGAAGCGAGCUAUCUCGAGAUGCUUCAAAUGCGAAACGACGUCACUGGAUUGAAAACAAUCAUUCAAGCAUUGACGCACGUGGCUCAUCAGGAUCAAGUCGUUCGUUGGGCGCCGAUCACAGCAGAAGCGCCCAAACUUUCUGUUACGACAGUUAGUGAACAGGCCAGCAGGAGACGUAUGAUACUCAUGAGGCAAUUGGCAAGCAUCAAACUUCAUCGUUUGGAAAUCAACCAGGAUGGGGAGUCCGAUUCAGAUGCUAUCCAGACCAACCUUGACAGCGAUUUCAACAUCACAGAUUCGUUUGCACCCGAGGAAAUUCCCGACUCGCGACAAAUAACAUGGGUGAACGAAGAGAACAUAUGGCUGGAGUCCGUCGAUUAUUCACCUGCUUUGUUGGAAAGGAACCCCGACGGAGCUCUGAUUCAUCAUAGAGUUUACUUACUCGCUAGGCUGCUUAGCAUCGCGCUGCCAGAGGAUUUUCGAUCCCCUCAUUGUCAGGGAUACAUUAGAAUGCAUGACAAGGGCAGCCAACCAAUUUUCAAACUGGUUCUCAAGGCCCCGGAUGAGAUGCAUUCCCCGGUGACUAUUUUCAGCCUCCGAGACCUCCUAGCUGGAGUACCGAUGCCUUCUCUGUCACGGCGUGCUGAGCUGAGCCUCACACUGGCAACGUCUCUUGGGAGGUUUCACGAUGUGGGCUGGCUGCACAAAGGCCUUCGCAGCCAGAACAUCCUCCUCUUUGGUUCAAACCUGAAGACAGCGGACCUCAGCCAGCCCUACAUCACGGGCUUUGAGCUCUCACGCCCAAGCGAGAUGUCAGAAUUAACAGACAAGGCGAGAUUUGAACCUGAAGCGGACAUGUAUCGGCAUCCUUUGGUCCAAGGGGGGGAAAACGCCGCCGCAUACGGCAAAUCGUUUGAUCUCUAUGGCUUAGGCAUCCUGUUCUUGGAGAUUGCAUUCUGGUUGCCUAUCGAGAGUAUUCUAAGCAUUGAGAAUGUGGGUGCUCUCACUCCCGAGAAAUUGCGCUCCAUUCGUGCCACGAUCAUCGACGAUGAACCAGAAACCGGCCCAAAUUCACUGGAGGGAGAUAUCGAUCACCCACCUUCAUCCCACCUUGUAGAAUCGAGAUUUCUGCAGAGGGUGGCUGCUCUCUGUGGCGACCCUUACCGCGACAUUGUCCAGCUCCUCCUUCGCGCUACUGAGAUCGAGUCCCCGGUCUAUCGUGGGGAAAAGGCAGCCUCUCGCCACCGGAGGCUGCAAGAUGUUUUCCGCGAGGGGGUGCUUGAACGGCUGCAUAAGGUCAACGAGGGAUUUUAG